CUGAUUCAAAUAAUAGAUUCAAACUUUAGGGGUAUUACGUAAUUUUAUUUUGUAAAACUUUUUCUAAUCCCCUCAUUUUUUAUUUUUUUUUCGCGACAUUUACAAGCAUCCUCUGAUCCCCUUCCGUAAAUGCCGUUUUCAUUAUUCUCGCACAGAAGAGCUGCCAUUUCUGGAGCUCGAAGGUACCUAGCUCUGUAAACUUGACCAUGAGAACUAGGGUUCUCAUCCGUAAUGCACCUUCCCGCAGAUUUUUCUUGAAUUUGUCUGCCAUUAUAGAUUGAGGAUAGUGCGAGGGGGACUAGGGAAGACGAGCUAGGAAGCAUGUAUAACGGCUCCAGCGAUGGUGAAGGCCACGAAGCAACUCCGAGGAAGAUCCCGCCGGCGUCCUCCAUGUUGUGGGUUCGAAACCUUCGUAAGUUCAUUGGAUCUGGCGCCGGUCUCGGCUCCGAAGCUCUGAUGGAGCUUGAAACAAAGAGAAUCUUGCUUGACAUUUUCAAAGAGAAGCAACAGAAGAAUGCUGAAGCUGGCACAAUUCCGAGCUUCUACAGAAAGAAACCUGAAGAAGGAUCUAUCAGUCAUAGGGUUCAAAGGCUGGCGAAGUAUCGUUUUCUGAAGAAGCAAUCUGAUCUUUUGCUAAAUGCUGAUGAUCUAGAUGCCAUGUGGGUUUGUUUGAGAGAAAAUUGUGUCAUUGAGGAUGCCACUGGUGCUGAGAAGAUGAACUAUGAAGAUUUCUGCCAUAUUGCAUCUGUAUGUACAGAGCAGAUAGGCCCAAAAUGUCGACGGUUUUUCAGUCCUUCAAAUUUUAUGAAGUUUGAGAAAGAUGAAUCUGGAAGAAUUGCCAUCCUCCCAUUUUACCUUUAUGUGAUGCGAACGGUUUCACUUACUCAGGCAAGAAUUGAUAUGAGUGAGCUUGAUGAGGAUUCUGAUGGUUUCCUCCUACCUCAUGAAAUGGAAGCCUACAUAAGAGGCCUUAUCCCUAAUCUGGCACAGUUACGUGAUAUGCCUGAAGGCUUUGUUCAAAUGUACUGCCGCAUAGCUGCCCAUAAAUUCUUCUUUUUCUGUGAUCCUCACAGACGAGGUAAAGCAUGCAUAAAGAAGGUGCUGCUUAGUAACUGCCUCCAGGAACUCAUGGAAUUGCAUCAGGAAAGUGAAGAAGAAGUCACUGAUACUGAACAAGCUGAGAAUUGGUUUUCUUUGACAUCAGCACAACGGAUAUGUGAUAUGUUUCUUGCUCUAGAUAAAGAUAUGAAUGGGACUUUGAGCAAGCAGGAGCUUCGAGAUUAUGCAGAUGGGACACUGACAGAUAUUUUCGUUGAGCGGGCUUUUGAUGAACAUGUCCGCCGUGGGAAAAGCGGAGGGGGCAAUUCCAGGGAAAUGGAUUUUGGGAGUUUUCUUGACUUUGUCCUGGCCCUGGAAAACAAAGAUACACCCGAAGGAUUAACAUACUUGUUUCGGUGUCUUGAUCUUAAUGGAAGAGGAUUUCUUACAACAGCUGAUAUCCACACCCUUUUUAGAGAUGUACACCAAAAAUGGAUCGAGGGAGGAAACUACGAGCUCUGUAUCGAGGAUGUAAGGGAUGAGAUCUGGGAUAUGGUGAAACCAGCUGACCCACUUAGGGUUACUCUUGCUGAUCUCCUUGCUUGCAAACAGGGUGGGACUGUUGCCAGCAUGCUUAUAGAUGUUCGUGGUUUCUGGGCCCAUGACAACAGAGAAAAUCUUCUCCAAGAAGAAGAAGAGCCUGAAGAAGGAUGAACCUGUUGCUUCUACACAAGCUGCUGCUCCUCUGGCAAUGUAUGAACUUGUAAUUUUUACCAACUUAAUGUUCAAUUUGUUGCAAUUUCAAAGAGUAACGUUCUGUGUUAUGUAGAACAUGUAUAGGUGUAAAUGCUGCUAAAGUUUGGUUGGAUUUCUGGAGGAUUUGAAAAAUAAGAAGAGGAUUCUGAGAUUUCAUUCUCACAUCUACACA